GUCACAAUUUCGUAUUCCUGAUUUUCACACAAUGAAUCAAGAAAAAGAAAUAACUUCAAUGGAGACUCUAAGGUCUUCGGUUCACAAGAAGCACAUGGAAUUGGCCAAAAUGAAGGCGCAAACGAAUUAUUACCUCGGGAAAGCCAGGAAACUACAUGAGGAAAUCGUCAAAACAAGUCGCGAGAAUGUGGAAAUGGAGAGGGAGAUUGUCGCACUGAAAAUUGCAAACGAAAAAUUGGAUAUACUUCAUCAAAGACACGAAGAGGUGCUUGAAGUGAGCCAGGAAACGAAGACUUAUCUACAUCUCUAUAAUCGAUAUGCUGAAGCCGAUACAAAGUCGGUUGUAGAGAAACAAAACGAUAUUAUUAACCGAUUUACAAAAUACACCGACAACAAAAAAAAUGAGUUGAUGAAAAAUUCCCCACAAUAUCAGGAAUUGAGUGAAAACCAAAAGCGCCUCAAGCGUGCGAAUUUUAAUUGCCGCUAUUUGAAAUGUAAAAUUAAUUUACGUAAAAAACUCAAUAAGCAACGCAAAGAAAUUCACAGGAAAUUAUUUAACGGAGAUAUUAUUAAAAUAGCUCAAAAUUUCAACACUUACUACAAAACUGGAGACGCGUUGGAACGUUUGAAGAAGUCCAGAGCAUUGGAAACUCAACUGUUCCUGCAAUUAAAGGAGGCACAAACUAAAGCUGUUAAAAAUCGGAUACGGGCACCUAAACAGGCUAACCAGAGUCAGGAACAAUCUGUUGCUGCCCCAACUACUUCUGAUGCCAACCUAGGGGAGAUGAUCAACAUGUUAAGUACUCCCGCCCAUCCAUUUAAGGAGCCUCAAACGAUUUUGGAAUAUAACUCCUCUAAAUCGAAAGUAAGAAUUAUGAGUGACAUCACCUUAGCACCAAGAGAGCCCCAUGUCCCCCAACGAAGAUCCACCCAAUCAACCUUACUGAAAUCUGUCAUCAAUUCAUCCAAGUACAUAAAAAGAGUCUGCAGCAAGUAUUUGACAAGACAUAACUCAAAGAGUAAUAUGAGUAGCAGAAGCAACUCGCAGACGGACCUUGACAGUAGCCUGGAUUCCAAUUAUUCCCUCCCAUCGCAGUACUGUGAGAACGAAUCCCAGUUGACAGCCAACAUCCAACCAACAAACACCACUGAAGGUCAAGAGAACGACAUGAAUGUUGAAAAUACCAUAACUGCUCCUCAGACAUUGCCAUUUAUCAAAAUUGAAAAACAGGAUGUGACCCCUGAACGUAAAUUGCGGCGCACUUCACUUGGAGCUGAUAAUCUAACAUCUAAGAAGGUUGCUCCAUUUAAGGACAACAAUUUGCCUUCACAUACGGAUAAUCUAGGUGUUCCCCAGAAUAAAAACACCUUUACUUUUGGUGAUGGCGGACAGUCUGAAACAAAAAUUCAACCAAAAAAGUACGCAAAAGAAACGUCAAGUACAUACUUCAAAAAUCAAAAACCUUCCACUGUGGUCUCCCAGGAUUUCAAUGAUACCAACAAAACCGAAAAUGAAAAUAACAAACUUAUUGGUCCCCCCAAUCCAAAUACAACUGAAACAUCCCAAUAUCAGUCUUUGGAGGGACUUGGUGAUUCCCAAAUUGAAAUAUUAACAGAUGAAGACGAAGAAGAAAUAAAUAUGUUUGGCGACAAUAAUAAGCCAAACGAGUCUCAGGGAGGAUUCCACUUUGCAAGCUUUCAAAACUACAAUCCAUUUUUUUGAAAAUUCCAAUUUAUUUGUAGUUGUAAAUUUAAGUGUAUUAGUUAGUUCCCAAUUAGUUAAUUGAAAAACUGUAGUUGGAGUUAAAAUUCUUAAUAAAAUAUAAUCUGAGUUCUAA